CUUUGUUUUGGCAUGUGAUUCUACUUUCGAAUUCAGUAUCAGGUGAUUUUUUUUUGCAGAUGACAGAUGCAUUCAGAGCAACAAGCACCCAAAUCAGACAGGUGGUAAUCCAAGUCAAAAAUGGGGAGCAAAAAUGUGGUUUUGACUAGCUUUGUUCUAUUUUUAACCUUGGUUACCUUGGCUUUGAUAUACAGCCUGUAUGCUGUACCAAGAGUGCAAAUCAUAAUAAUUCAAUCUCAAGAUGGAGUAUUUAAAGAACAAAAUGAUGGAAUCAGAUACCAGCUGAAUGAAAAGACUGGCAGGCAAGAAGAAUUGAAAGCUACCAAAGAGGAAUAUGAAAAGAAAAAGAUUGUGCAGUCCAAAAGUCAGUGUGCAGUUGUAGAUGAUGACCACAAAUUUGAUUGCUAUCCCGAGAGGUCCAUUGCAACUAAAGAAAAGUGUGAGGCAAGAGGAUGUUGUUGGCAAGUUGUUCAUACACAGACACAGACCAAGGGCUUAAAUGGCAAAGUUACAGGUGUCCCUUUCUGUUACUAUCCAAAGGAUUUUCCAGGAUAUAGGACAGGGCUUAAGGCAACCACUCCAACAGGAUUUACAGUGGCUUUAAGUAGAAAUACAACUGGGUUUUAUCCAGAUGAUGUUAUGAAUUUAGUUAUGGACGUAAAAUAUGAGACAGAAUACAGAUUGAGGAUAAGAAUAUAUAAUCCUAAGAAUGCCCGAUAUGAAGUUCCUCUUGAUACACCCAGAGUGACCAAGGCAGCCCCAAUACAGAGAUAUACAGUCAUUGUCAGUAACACAGGAGAUGCAUUCAACUUUGCAGUGACAAGAAAUAUGUUGGAACCAGGCCCACCAGUUGUUUUGUUCAACACCUCCGGAGCGGCACCUCUGAUAUUCGCUGAUCAAUUCAUUCAGUUAUCUACCUUUCUGCCGACUAAGUGCCUGUAUGGACUUGGGGAACACAGGGGCAGUCUUCUUCACUCCAUGGACUGGAGAAGAUUGACUACAUGGAACAGGGAUCAAGCCCCUCAUGAUGCUGAUACAGGCACUAAUCUAUAUGGGCAUCAUCCAUUUUACCUAAUGAUGGAAGAUGCUGGAAGAAGUCAUGGAUUUUUCCUUCUGAACAGCAAUGCCAAAGAGACUGCCCUUCAGCCAGCUCCAGCCUUGACCUGGCGGACGAUCGGUGGUGUCCUUGACCUUUACAUGUUUAUGGGGCCCAGUCCAUCAGAGGUCGUUCAGCAGUACACUGAGGUCAUAGGUCGAAGCUUCAUGCCCCCGUACUGGAGUCUUGGAUUCCACCUGUGUAAAUUUGGCUACCACUCGGUCAACGAGACAAUGGCUGUGGUGAAAAGAAUGCAGGAGGCUAAAAUACCCCAGGACACACAGUGGAAUGAUAUAGACUACAUGGAUGAAUUUAAAGACUUUACGACAGGAAAAUCAAAAUUUGGAGACCAGGCGGGGAUGGUGAACACUCUACACAGCAUGGGGAUGCAUUACGUCAUAAUUGUGGAUCCUGGAAUUGGUAAUAAGAAGAGUUCUUCCCCUUAUCCUCCCUAUGAUGUAGGAACCAAGAUGGACAUCUGGAUCAAAGACAGCAAAGGAGUUCCACUGGUUGGCAGGGUCUGGCCAGGAGAUGUAGUGUUCCCCGAUUUCACCAACCCAAAGGCCUACGAUUACUGGACACAAAUGACCAAAGCUUUCCACGAUCAAGUCCAGUUUGAUGGCAUGUGGAUUGAUAUGAAUGAACUUUCUAACUUCUAUGAUGGUUCAUCGACUGGUUGCCCUGGAAACAAAUAUGACAAUCCUCCAUAUGUGCCAGCUGUUCUAGGGGGUCAUCUGAACUCCAGGACCAUAUGUUCCUCAGCUCAGCAGAACUUCUCCUUGACCUAUAAUGUCCAUGACCUGUAUGGUUUCACAGAAACCAUGGCAACAUACCAGGCUUUAAAGACAACCAGAGCCAAACGACCUUUCAUUAUUUCACGCUCCACCUUUGCUGGUCAAGGUCAUUAUGGAGGUCAUUGGUCAGGGGAUAACUUUGCACGCUAUGAGGAUAUGGCUUUAUCUAUACCUGAAAUGCUGAAUAUGAACAUGUUUGGAAUAUCUAUGAUUGGUGCUGACAUUUGUGGUUUCCAUGACGACACUACAGAACAGCUUUGUCAAAGAUGGCAGCAGCUUGGGGCUUUUUAUCCUUUCUCCAGAAACCACAAUGACCUUGGAAAGAAGCCCCAGGACCCGGCCGUGUUCAGUGAUGCCAUGAAGAACUCAACCAGAACGGCCCUCAGUGUCAGAUACUCUCUGCUGCCCUACCUCUACACUCUGUUCCACAAGUCUAACGCCAUGGGGGAGACGGUGGCUAGACCCCUAUUCUUUGAGUUUCCUGAGGAUACUAACACCUACAUUAUUGAUGACCAGUUCUUGUGGGGGUCAGCUCUAAUGAUCACGCCCGUACUGACCAAGGACACAACUGCUUUGAACACCUACUUCCCAGUCUGUGCUUGGUACGACUUUUACACUGGAUUGAAAAUAACGGGGAGUGGAUCCAGGAUAAAAGUGAAUGCCCCGUUGAGUCAGAUCAACUUGUAUGUUAGAGGAGGAAACAUUCUACCAAUGGUGGAACCAGCAAUGACCACAACGGAAAGUCGCAAGAAUAACUUUCGACUUCUUGUGGCUCUGAAUGAAUCAGGGCAGGCCAAUGGAGGCUUGUUUUGGGAUGAUGGAGAGACUAUAGGUACACAUGACAGCGGGGUCUUCAACAUGAUCAUGUUCUCUGCAGGCAAGAACUUUGUGUCAUCUGAAGUGAUGAAGGCAGGGUACACAGGAGAGAAGAUGACUCUGGACAAGUUAACUGUGUAUGGAAUGGUAGUGACACCAAAAUCUGUCACAGUCAACGGCAAAGGAGCUCAGUUCCAGUACAACUCGCCAGUUAAGACAUUGACAGUUAGUAUCCCACUGGUGGAUCUACUGAAGCCAUUUUCUGUCAAGUGGAUGUAAAUUCUGGUGGAGAAUGUUGAUGGAUGGAAGGCAGUACAUGGAUGAUCCUCCAUCCUAGUUUGAAUGUGUAUAUUUGAGGCCUGCUCAGCAGUAUGGGUGCUUGCAAAAAUUCCCUAUAUCUCCAAAACAAUUCAAGCACUCUUGAGUGCCUGCUCUGUUGAACAGACCCCUGUAGUAUACAGUAAAACAUGGUUAUAGAGAACACGCUUACAAUGAAUUGACGCUUACAGCAAAGUGAUUUUCAUUCCCUGAGACUUUAUUACAUGCUGUAAACUUCACGGAUAUAACGAAUUACGCUUAUAACGAAGUAAAAUCGCCCAUCCCCAGCACUGUUAUAAGCGUGUUUUACUGUAUAUGUUUUAAUUUGUAUGCUUCAUCAGAUUCCCAUUCCAUUUCUAUCAUUCCUUCAAGGUUGUUUAUAAACAGUCUUCCAUUAAAAAAGAGACUAUUGGCUUUUCAGAUAUGGGUAAUUGAUUGACCGUUUUCUUUCCAGAUAACAAAUUGUUGGUCUUUUGCUUGCAUGCAUAAAAUGACACACAGAUAACCCCAUUUCAUUUUUAAGUCAUAGUCAAUUAUUUUUCUGAUAAACUUGUUUCAAUGCCAAAUUUUGUCAAAUGUUUUAGUGCAUAGUGUAAGCCUACUUUUAUUUGGUGCAACAAUUUAUCAGUGAUAGACUGGUUUACAACUAAAAGUACAAAUAUUAUCUUAUUUUUUCUGUCAAAGCAAAUGAAGAUAAUUUUGAACAAAGAGGAGAAACAAUACAGGACAGGUCCAGGGCAAUAUUUUUAUCUGUAUAACAGCUUAGUUGUCACAAACCUUGUGAAAUUUUCAAGCAAUGAAAGUUGGUUUGCAGUAUAUUUUUGUUCAUUUCUAAUUCAUCAUUUUUGUUUCUGAAGAAAGUAGUUCAAGUGUUUUCAAUAUGUGACUGCUUGAUAUUGUGUUUAUUAACUGGAUUGUGGUUAAAUGAUUGUAUGGUGUUGAUGCACAAUCUGAUUUAGAUACAUGUAUAUAAUAAUCAAUCUUAACAAUUGGUGCUAGUCAAUGUUUAGUGUGUUCUUAAGCUUUAAGCUUCUAUGUAGUAUUCUCUUGCCUCCUCAAGCCUGCUAUGCAGCCUCUAGGGGCAGUAUGUCACAGUGUAGUGUUCAGAACAAAAAUGGCUCUUUUCCUUAGCCCCCCUUACUUUCCCUUGUUACCCCUGACUUAUAUAGUUUUUACUUCUAUCACUUGUUAUGCUUGAUAAGCACAAUGUAUCUGUUUAAAAUAAUCGAUUAAAGUAUAUUUCUACA